UGAACAACAAGACUGUGAAAUUGCUCAGGAAAUUCAGGAGAAGCUGGCUAUUGAGGCAGAGAGACGGCGCAUUCAGGAGAAGAAGGAUGAGGUAUAACUUUGUUAAUACUCUUCCAUCCCAUGCAGGAAGGAGUGCUCAGAUCAGGAGCAAAUUUUUUUAUAUUCUUAUUUUUACCUCCACUCAGACCAGCCAAGGUCAAGGAGGGCCAGGGAAUUGGGUUCUGGAUACUCCAGGUCUUGUAGACUACRGAAUGAUGGAAAGACUGUGAAGCAGAAGAAAGAGAAACCAAGACAUCCACUAGAGAACUUAGAAGAGUUGGAAAAACAUUGUUCACCAGAGAGAUCCCUGUCUUCCUCCRGCUGGGGCAAAGUGAGAGAUGAUGCYCAAAUUACCAGUGAGCAKCAUGAAAGAAAAAAGCCUAGUCAGGAGAAGCUCCGAAGACCUCCAUUUCCUAAGAUCAAUGGUGAUGUGUUUCUGAGCACUCAGUGUGAUGACUGGAAGCCUAAUGGUAGCCAUGGAACUCGUAAUUGGGAAAAACAGUCCCAACACCAAGAUCGACUUUCACCAAAGUCCUCACAGAAAGCAGGGCUUCACUGCAAGGAAGCUGUAUAUGGUUGGGACCAUGGGCAAGGUGAGCACAGAGAAAGGAGACACAGGCACAGGACUCCUCCCUUYUCAGAGAGUGAGGAGCAGCACCACCACCAUGACACAGGAACGAAGCCACGGGUAGUAAAAGAUGCUGUCUUCCCUCCUGCAUCACGAGUCACCCACAGGGAUCAGGAAUGGUAUGAUGCUGAAAUUGCCAGAAAACUGCAAGAAGAAGAACUUUUGGCUACCCAGGUGGACCUGCGAGCAGCUCAAGUAGCCCAGGAUGAGGAAAUUGCUCGACUUCUAAUGGCAGAAGAAAAGAAAGCUUAUAAGAAAGCCAAAGAGCGGGAGAAGUCAUCUUUGGACAAAAGAAAGCAUGACUCUGAGUGGAAGUCAAAACCAGCUAAAUCAACACACCCAAAGUCAAAGGAGCAUGAUGAAGCUCACCACCGGUCUAAAAAUGACAGGCCUGCACGACCACCACCACCUACAAACACAGAGGCCGAGGGUCUGGAUUAUACUCAUUUUACAAACCAGCAUAAUUCUACACGCCAUUUCUCAAAAUCGGAUUCCUCUCAUAAAGGUUUCCAUUACAAGCAGUAAAAAAUUUAAAAACCUAGGAAUCUGCCUUGAAAAUGGACUCACUGUAGCAAAUAUUACUGGAUAAUACAGAAUUCAUCCCACAUUUAUUAUUUUCUGCCUGUUUGCAUUCCUGGGAUUUUUUUCUCAAGUGUUUUUCUGACUAUAAAUGAUUUCAAUUCAUUUCAAAUAUUUUGCUUAUUUUCCAUCACUUGGGCAGUAUAAGAAAAUGCAGCUUCUGAAUAUUAGCCACCUUUGUGCUGGAUAUACUUCCUGAGAUAUAGUAUUUAAGGGAAUUAUAAGAUGCCAUUUUGUUUGGUAUGUAUGGAGUAUUGGUUAUCUAGGGAUGAAGCUUUAGUUAGCAGUUAGAAUUAUAUGGAGAUAAAUAAUCAGUGAAAAAUGACAUUUGGAUGCAAUGCAAAAUAAGAGUAUAAGAAGCAGCUUUUUGGUGCAUUAGUGUGUGAUGUUUUUGAAGGACAGGGCCUUUGCUUUUUAUUUUCUUUGGGAAAAUAAAAAAGUCAUAAUUACGAAGUAUUUAAAAGAGAGACAUCUGGAGAAUUUGAAAAAUGUUAUUCUGAAUACAUGGACCAUAGAGGUUUUUUGUACCCUUUUAGGCCCUCUUGGGAAAACUGGCCUAGACACCAUUUUUUAACACUGUGUGGAUGUUUUCUUAGUAGCAAGGCUUUCUGAGGCCCCUGGGGAGUGGACCCUUUAUUUACAAAAACUUAAUUCUCUGAAACUUGGUUGUGCAGUCAGCUGAAAGUGAAAACCUUUAUAUCCCGUCCUUGGUCCUCGUUUUACAUUCACUUGUAGAGCCAAGGGAAAUUAAAUUGGAAGUUGAUUGCAUAAGUGAUGUCAAUAUCUCUGGCUGUAGAUCAAAGGUUCUCUUUCUUCUUUAAAAGUCAGCAGUAUUUGUUGGCAAUGUCUCAGUAACGUUUUGUGCACCUGUCAAUAAUUAAAUUAAUUCAACAUGAUGUUGAAUUUGAUAGUGUUUUUUUAAAUACAAGAGUUUGACUCUUCAUAUUUAUAAAGGGGCAUUAGUGGGCCUUGUAUUACUUUGUAGAAGAUCUUUAGGCCCCUCUUCAAGAUAUUCAGUGUCUUUGUCUAGUAACUGAUUCAUAAAAUAUGUUUAUUUGCCCAUAGUACUUAGUUAACAUAAGUGGCAAUCAAUCUAUAUAUUUAUAUACAAUAAUUUCCAUUACUUGACUUGCUCUUCUUUUUUAUUGUAUGGAAUCUGACAUUUUUGCAUUUCAAUAGUGUUUCUUUAGGAAUGAAAUAUAUAGGUGACUAAAGAAAAAGUUGUUAAUCACCCUGCUGGGAACUACCUUCUUUUUGCCUUAUCUUUUCAGAUGGUCUUUAAAGUUGGGCAGUAUCAGGAAGCUAUUUAGAGCAGAUUCUCAGUAUAUUUGAAUAUCUCAUUUUGAGAAAGAUAAUUACUUUCAUAAAGUUUUUAUAUUAUAGGARCUUGAGUAUAAUGUACCUGAAAUUUAAGUUUUAGGCAUAUGGUAACCUGGAAAGAAGAAAAAAAAACCUUAAGGGAUAUAGUCAUUUUAGAGAAAUGGAGGAAAGGGAAGAUAACAGGAUUUUGAAUAUGGUGAAGUGAAGUGAAUAUAGAAAAAUCUUCAUGUAGAGAAGGGGAGAGAAAAUGGAAGUCYAGCCUUAAGUCAAAUUCCAUAGUGAUUUCAAUAUCCAGAUUAGCCUUGUUGACUUAAAAUAAUGCUAUAUUUUUUCUUUUUCUGCCCUGUGGUUUUGCUUCGUGUUUAAAAUAUUUUAAUGGUAACUUUAAAGAAAAACAGCAAUUGUAUUUUUAUUUGAUAUCAACUUAGGCAAAUGGGCAACAUCAUUUGCCAUAUUUUAAUUUUAUAAAUGUUUAUUUUUCUAUCUCAUACAAUGAUCAAUUUCGCUUUAAAAAUUCUUCAUUUCUUCUGUUUCUCAUGUAUGUCAUUCAUUCAUAUUUAUUAUUGUAAAAUGUUAACUGAACGUACUUUAGUCAAAAAAAUGUUAGACCAUUUAACACUUAACCAGAAUGCUGUUUGUUUUAGCUAUCUUAGUGAGCAAAGGUGAUAUAGGCCUUUUGACAGCCAAUUCAUCAGUAUUGAAAAUUUGUUACUUUGUUUUUUAGGUUUUUUAAAGAUUAGUCUUUGAAAUAUUUUGUCUUUAUUUUAUUUUUUUGUAAAGCAAACAAUUUUUAAGAGUUUCUGUAAUUAUUUACCAGUGAAUAAGGAGAUAGAAAUCUAAUUCUCCCAAUUAUAUCCUCAUUCUUUCUCAUUCAAAUAAUGUAAUGAUUAUCUUUGAGAUUAUAGAGGCAAUUAACAACUGUCUGUUAAUGAACUGCCAGACAUUCCUCACUGUGUUCUCUUUUUACGUUGUCAUUUUUAUAUAAAUGUGUAAGCAUUUUACACUUUUUUUUUAUGUUCCCGCCACUGGAACACAUGCAAUUUAAUUUUUAGGCCCCAAUGUAUUACGUUUUAAUGUUGUGAUAUAAGUGAAUACUUCGGAUCUUGGGAAAACCUUUGUUUCUAGAUUUCUGUUCUCUGGAAGCCAAAUCCCAUUAACCCCAAUAUUGCUGAAUGAGUACAAUAUGUUAUGGAGCCUUAUCUUUCACUCUCAUUCCCUACCUUUUUGUAAAUUGUUACCUGGUAGAGGGGUUAGAUAAUGGUCACAUUAAAUGCUCUGACUUAAAAAAAAAAAAAAAAUUGACUCCAGUGUCCAAGCCACUGUUAGACAUAAUUAUUUUGUUGGGAGGCUAGAUAGUUGUUUUACCUGCUGUAAAAGAACAUUGAAAUUUUUAGAAAGUGAUUUUUACAUACUGCUGUAUUACUAAUUCUUAAAUAACUUCACAAUACCUGGUGGCAUACUAAUUGAACUGCAACUCCCCACAGCUAAAUAUAUAUAUUUUGAUUAUAGACAAACAUCUAAAUUAGAAAAGAAAGAUAUGUAUAAGUGCUUCCAGGAGUAAAAUCUUUUCAGAAUGGUAUGAAUGGUAUGAGCUCCUUGGGUCUAGUUCAACAUAUGCUAAAAUUCAUGACCUUGGGCCUUAUAUUCUGUUGAACCAUUCUAGAAAAUUCUGAACCCAACCCGUUUCCCUCUUGUUUGAUGUGGCUGGAGAAAGAACUAGGUAAUGCAUUAAUUAAAAAUUAUUGACAGCUCUCCAUCCCUUUCUCUCAGAAUGUGUUAGUAUAAAAAUAAGUAUCUUUAAACUGAUAAUUAUUUUUCUUUAUCAAAUAUUUUCUAAAUUUGUCUUGUGCCAAAUCAGGAAUACCUACUAUUAUAUGGUGCAUUCAGUUUACCACAUGAGUGGUUAACAUUUUAGGGCCUUGAUUUUUGUUUAAUUUGUUGCCUUUAAUGUAAUAGUUACUUUGGGAAAUAUCAAGAAGAUUGAUUACUCAGUGAUGAUUGUUUUGGAACAUAAUUAUGAUUAUUGGUUAAGAUUUAGAGCCUAAUAAAGGAGUGAGACUCCUCUUAUAAAUAGCUAGAAGGACUGAGAACAGAAUAAAGUGAAGUCAAAGGCUUUUUCCCUUUUGAGGGGGAUAGCAUUUGUGUAAGGAGUAUUAACAUUGAAAGAGUACACUGUUCAUGUAGAUUUCACUGUAUAUAGUGUGCCAUAUUCUGAUAGCAUAGGAUUUUUAGAAGUAUUCAUAAAAAAACAAAUCUUUCAGAAAAAAAUGAAAAGAUUUUUAAAGUACAUACUACGUCCCUUACUUACUGCUCAUAGUCAGAGAAGUGACUCUAAAACAGUCCCAUUUUCUCUCAUAUCUGUUGGUGCCUGUGUGUCUUAAAGCCAUACUUGCUUUUCUUACUGUUGAUAGAGUACAUUUUCCUUCGUCGCCCAUGGUAGGUAAUAUGGGCAGAGAAGGAAACUAUAGACUGUCCUAUUAAUGCUGCAUGGCGUACAAUGUCAUCCAAAUUCUUGGUGGAAGAAUCUUUUUUUAUCCAUGAUGAUAUGUAACACUAUUAAAGGGAUGAACCCAGAGGCUGUUGUUGCUCUUAGCAUAUAACAAGUGUCAUCAGAAAUGGCUAAAAUUUAUUCUAGAAAAGUUAAGAAGGUAGGAGUGAAUUGGUAAAAUUUUAAUACUACAGAGUCRCUUUUCUGAUGUAUCCUGCACUUCAUGUCAGCAAUGUCUAUGAGGAGCAGUAUUGCCUUAAAUUAGUUUGACUCUGACUGAGCUUUGUGUACUUCUAUAUGUGAUUAAUGGUCAACUGUUAAUUGAGGUACAAAAUUCAUAGUUGAUCUCUAAGCAUCCUUGUCAUUGAGACUUUGGACCUUCUUUCCCACUGUGCUGUGGCUGACGUGACACUGAAUUCAGUCCACUAAAAUAGCAGAGACAUGACCAAAAACAUAAAAGGAGGGAGAGAGAUUCCUGACCAGAUCCUUCAAACCUGAUAAUCACUUUCUGAAUAAUUGAGAGUUUACUGUCCUCCUAUUUGGUGGUAACUGUGUAGAAGAUAUUUCCAAAAGUUCUGUUGUGCUAUGAAGACAUUCAGGUUGUUUGUAAGAAUUUUAUCAUUACUUUUGUGUACUGAAAUGCUUACCAUAAACCCCCCCCC